AUGGCGCUUGCGGAGGUGUUCUACGCGGGGGUGCUCCUGUGGACUGUGGCGGUGUGGGUCGGCAUGCUAUUGUGCCCCCACCACCCGACCCUUCAUCGCCUGCUGCGGACGCCCCACCUCGUCAUUGCGCCCCAUCUUAUCCUCUACCUGGUCCUCGUGCUCCCUCCGCUCUUUCAAGGUCGGGAGGUGUCGGUAUGGAAGGCGCAGGGCUCGCGGCACCACAGCGGCCUAGUGGGCGGCCUGGAGCGGGUGGUGGUGGGCUUUGCUGAGGGUCUGGUGGGUCCGUCGCGCGAGGUCGCGCUGGCCGCGCUCAACCUGUUCGUUGGCCGAUCGCUCUUCCUCGAGUCGCGCCAGCGGCUCCAUCGCGCCCUCCUCUCCGCCGUCGUCGUCGCCACCAUGUUGGCCGCUCCUCUCGGCCUGGCCCUGCACUGGGUCAUCCUCAUCAUCCACACCAGUUGGACACAAAAGUAA